AUGGAGAAGACCUACUCGUUGACGGCCCACUACGACGAGUUCCAGGAGGUGAAGUACGUGAGCCGGUACCAGAGCGGCACGCUGCCCAACGGCUUCGCCCUCCAGCUGGGCGCCGGGGCCAAGAAACGCGGCGGGGGGCUGCCGCGCUGGAGCCGCCGGGAGAUCUGCCUGCUCUCGGGGCUGGUGUUCGCCGCCGGGCUCUGCGUCAUCCUGACGUGCAUGUUGGUCCUCAAAUACCUGGCGGCCGAAGGGGACAGCUACUGCCUGGAGGGCUGCCAGGAGAAGAAGGCCUUCCUGCGGGCGUCCCGCUUCCUCAGCGCCAACAUGGACGCCACCAUCGACCCCUGCCAGGAUUUCUACUCCUUCGCCUGUGGCGGGUGGCUCCGGCGGCACGGCAUCCCCGAGGACAAGCUGGUGUAUGGCACCAUCGGGGCCAUCGCUGAGCAGAACGAGGCCAAGCUGCAGGCGCUGCUGAGCCGCCCCGUGCGCCGGCGAGCCCCCGCCUCAGCUGAGAGGAAGGUGAAGGAGUUUUUCCGCUCCUGCCUGGACCGAGCUCAGAUCGACCGGCUGGGCCCGCGGCCCAUGCUGGAGGUGAUCGGGGAGUGCGGCGGCUGGGACGCCUCGCCGGGCCGUGGGGACCUCAACGAGCUGCUCUACAAGACGCAGGGGGUCUACAGCGCCGCCGUGCUCUUCUCGCUCACCGUCAGCCUGGACGACAGGAACACCUCCCGCUAUGUCAUUCGGAUUGACCAGGAUGGGCUGACGCUGCCUGAGCGGACCCUCUACCUGGGGCAGGAUGAGGAGAGUGAGAAGAUCCUGGCCGCAUACCGGGUCUUCAUGGAGCGGCUGCUCACCCUCCUGGGGGCCGAGCACGUGGAGCAGAAGGCGCAGGAGAUCCUCCAGCUGGAGCAGCACCUCGCCAACAUCACGGUGUCCGAGUAUGACGACGUGCGGAGGGAUGUCAGCACCAUGUACCACAAAGUGACCCUGGGCGAGCUGCAGCGCAUCACCCCCACGCUCAAGUGGAAGCGCUUGCUGGACCGCAUCUUCCACGACAACUUCUCGGAGGACGAGGAGGUGGUGCUGCUGGCCACCGACUACAUGCACAAGGUGUCCGACCUCAUCCGCGUGACGCCCAGCAGGAUCCUCCACAACUACAUGCUGUGGCGCAUCGUGGUGGUGCUGAGCGAGCACCUCUCCACCCCGUUCCGCGAUGCCAUCCACGAGCUCUCCAAGGAGAUGGAGGGCAAUGAGAAGCAGCUGGAGCCGGGCAAGGUCUGCCUGAGCCAGGCCAACAAGCACUUCGGCAUGGCCCUGGGCGCCCUCUUCGUCGAGGAGUACUUCUCCUCUGCCAGCAAGGCCAAGGUGCAGCAGCUGGUGGAGGACAUCAAAUACAUCCUGGACCAGCGCCUGGAUGAGCUGGAUUGGAUGGAUGAGGAGACACGGAGAGCGGCCAGGGCCAAGCUCCAGUACAUGAUGGUGAUGAUCGGGUACCCCGACUUCCUGCUGAAACCAGAGGCCAUUGACAAGGAGUAUGAGUUUGAGGUGGACGAGAAGACCUACUUCAAGAACAUACUCAACAGCAUCGCCUUCAGCAUCAGGCUCUCAGUGAAGAAGAUCCGGCAGGAGGUGGACAAGUCCGCGUGGCUGCUGCCCCCCCAGGCGCUCAAUGCCUACUACCUGCCCAACAAGAACCAGAUGGUGUUUCCCGCUGGUAUCCUGCAGCCGACCCUCUACGAUCCCGAGUUCCCGCAGUCUCUGAACUACGGUGGGAUCGGCACAAUCAUCGGGCACGAGCUGACCCAUGGCUACGAUGACUGGGGGGGGCAGUAUGACCGGCACGGGAACCUGGUGCACUGGUGGACGGAGACGUCCUACAGCAAGUUCCUGAAGAAGGCGCAGUGCAUCGUCAACCUCUACGACAACUUCACCGUCUACAACCAGCGGGUGAACGGCAAACACACGCUGGGGGAGAACAUCGCUGACAUGGGGGGGCUCAAGCUCGCCUACUACGCCUACCAGAAGUGGGUGCGGGAGCAUGGCCCCGAGCACCCCCUGCACCACCUGAAGUACACCCAUGACCAGCUCUUCUUCAUCGCCUUCGCCCAGAACUGGUGCAUCAAGCGGCGAUCCCAGUCCAUCUACCUGCAGGUGCUAACGGACAAGCACGCCCCGGAGCACUACAGGGUCCUGGGCAGCGUUUCGCAGUUCGAGGAGUUUGGCCGUGUUUUCCACUGCCCCAAGAACUCUCCCAUGAACCCGGCGCACAAGUGCUCGGUGUGGUGA